AUGGGAAAUACUAUAGUUUUAGAAAAUGAAGACUACAUAUCAUCUAAUAUAAGUUUAUUAAAAGACAACCUUACAUACAUAAGCUCUAAGCAACAUCAAUAUUUUGGAUAGAUUCAAAUAUGGAAGAACAAAACAUAUCCUUAAGAGUGGAUAUUUUCAAAAGUACAUAGUGCGAUUAACCAAAAUAGAUUACUUAAAUCGAUAUUCAUUAAAAUGUUAUUAAUUCUUAACAUACAGAAAGGAAAUCAAUGAAACACGAAAAUUUAUUAAAAUAUUAUGGUUGUAGCAUUAAAGAGCAAACAUUUUAAGGAACAAUUAAAGAAUAUAGAAUUUAUUAUGAAUUUUAAUCAAUCACUUUAUCAAAGGUUCUUUAAGAUUACCAAUAGAAUGGUUAAUAUGUUGCAGAGUCAUUUAUAUGGAAAGUAUGAAUUUAUGAUAUUAUUAGUUAAUUACAUAAAUUUCGACUGUUUUUGGUUAUCUAGAGAGUUAGAAUAAGUUUCACUAAAAUAUCACCUUGGAUAGCCUCUUUUUUGACAAAGAAAAGAAUGUAAAAAUUUUGGUAUUACCUAUUUUAAACAUAGUAUCAUGGUGCUCUACCAAACAUAUUAUCAGCGUAUGCUUAAACAUUAGGAAAUUAUAACUCAAAUAUUUCUUUGACUCCCUAACAGAUGAAGGAUUACUAAAAUCAUUUAGCUUGUCUAUAAAUAAACCCUUUCAAGUAGGAUUCAUAUCAAUUUGGAAUUGUUUUAGUGUCAAUAAUGAGUGGUAAAGGUAAUAAUAUUAGUUUUUAAAAUAAUUUUAAGAUGUUACAAAGUGCACAGAUUUUUAUAAAGAAGUAAUACAUUAUUAGUAGAUAUUAAAUAUUUUGGGAUCAGCAUUUCAUUAUUAUUCUUAAAAUUUAAUAAAUUUAGUAGUCAGCUUAUUACAAUAUGAUGAUUUAUAAAGACCCAAUAUUUCACAAUUAUUUAAGGCAAAGAUUUACAAGAAACUUCCAUUUUUAAACUAAACAUAACUCAAGAAAUAUAAAUAGCCUGAAAAAAAAACUAUUAAAAGGGUUGAUACAAAUAACUCCUAUUCCUUCCAAAAGGAGAGAAUUAAUAGUAUAAAUAAUAUUCUGACUGAAACUAAUAAGGUGACUCGUUCUAUAACAACUAACACAAUACUAUAUUCUUCGCCAGUAAAAUUUUCAACAAGAACCUCAACUGCAUAUCCUAAAAAAUUUUCAUUUGUAGAAGGAUAUUUUACUCCUAAGAAUAAAUAAUCGAGAACCAUUUCUUAUAGAUUUUUUACAAGUAAUAAAAAGGUAUAAUCACCUUAUAUAUACUGA